AUGAUUCUCGGCGCCGGCCCCAAGCAAAAGAGAAGAAGGAUGGAAAAGUUUAAUUCGCAUGCGUUGCUGCCAGGCGUCCUGGGCGAGGGCAGCGCGUCGGCGGUUGAGUGCAGGCCGUGUUUGCAUAGGGGCCAGAGCGGAAGGCGCGACCGGGGUAGCGCUGCAAAUCGUGCAGGAGCGACGGGCAGCCGAGAGUGUCUAGACUGUUCCAGCAGCCGCGUCGUGCCCCCUCCCCCCCCCUCCUCUCCCACUCCUCCCCCCCCCCCCACCGUGCCGCUGAGACCCAAGCCCGAGCCUGCCAGGGCCCCUCGAAGCACAACCUGCCCGCCGCCUAUCACACACGCACAAGCAGACGACUGCCAGCCCACCGCGACGAGCCUCUUGGAGCGCCUCUGCAACCCCGGCUAUGCCCAUGCCCCGUGCAAACGGCGUCCCUCCCAGCUAUGGCGCCGUCCAGAUGCGGCCGUGAUCGCCUCCGCGGCCUCGACGUCGCCCUUCACAGCCGCCGCCGCCGCUACUGCCAUGACGGCGAAGGCUACUGCUGCUACUACCGAUAACAGGCGCACCCAGAGCGGGCCUCGAGGGACACGCCUGCCACACCAACCAUAUCGCUGCCGGCCUGCCUGCCUGCUGCUGCUGCUGUUCGCUGGCCCGCCAUCCCUCGCCUUUCUUCUCGCUGACCCGCCCACGACGCCAUCCUCCCUGCUGCCCUUCCCACCCCCGUAUCACGCUGCUGCUGCUGCUGCCGCCCCCGCCGCCGCUGCUACUGCUACUGCUCCGUCGGUUACUAAUCCCUUCCUGAAUGCGUCUGCUGCAGCCUCUGUGCUCCUCUCUGCUAGCCAAGCUCUGCACCACUGUUGGCCGUCCACGCUGCUCGUGCCGCCUUACCCACUUCUGACCGUGUCUGACCAAUACCCCGGCGCCCAUCCUGGACACCCGUUCCGAGGCCAGCCUGGCCACGCGGGCUUCAAGGACGGACUGUCGCGCAUCUUUGAUCCCGCUGAGAGCAACGCUGCCGAGCAGCUCGUCCGCCUCAAGGAGUCCCUCCGGCAAGCCGACACUGACACCUUCUGGAUCGACCUCACCCAGGGCCUUGCCCAGAUUGCCGAUGCCCAGUAUGCUUUUGUCUCCAAGCGCAUUCUCGUCGACGACAAGAACAUUGCCGUCGAGUUGCCCCCCAUAGGAGAGCCCGGCGCCUGCCUCAUGGGCGAAGCCUUCUACAUCAACGACGACAACGGCAACGGCCCGGGCCACCUGCGGAACUUCAAGUACCAUGCCUACCAGUGCCCCUGUGCCUACAUGAAGCACGACAAGGUCUUCAUCAUACCCGAAAAGCUCAACGACUUCAUCAUCAACAACCCAAACGACCUGAUUAUUCCCGGAGAGGCCUACCUGGGAAUCCCGCUGUUUGCCGAGGGCAAGUGUUUUGCCCACUUUGGUGUCAUGUGGGGAAAAGAGGGGGCAGAGCGACGUGUGCUGAGCUGGGGCUUUCUGGAGAUGAUGAUGCACAGUCUCGAGGACAUGAUUUUGGAGCGCGUGCUCGAAGGCAACCAGUUCGCCGAAUCCGCAGAGCCUGUCGAGGCCCAAGUCCCCAAGAUCGUGCCACACAGGGCUGUCACGGUUGCUCAGUCGCUCAAGCCCUACGCCAGAAGCCUCUCUCACGAACUGAGAACCCCAAUGCAAGGUGUCGUUGGUAUGCUCGACGUCAUGAUGGCAAACGUCAAGGAGGCGUCCGAGUCUUUCCAGCUGGAUCCACGCACCCGCGAGAUACUUUGCACGCUCAAGGAAAACAUUGAGGCUGUUCAAGACAGCUCAAGACGCGCAGUCGAGGCAGCCGACAAUGUGGUCCAUGCUUACGACAUGAAUAUGGGUGUUCCUGAGACCCCACAAUCGCCGAUAGACAAGACGCCUGACCAAUGGAAUACGUUCUGGCGAGAGGUGCGACCUGAUCUUAUGAUUGCUGACAAUAGCCUGCAUGCACCCCUCCGUGGAAUCAAGAGAAGGAGACAGGAGGUGCCUGGGGCAGAGUAUGCUUUGAAGGCGCGAGUGGCAAAGCAGGCUCGCCAGCGUGUUCGACCAAGCCCGGUGGGAGAGCCUGUUCCUCGUGGCACCAAGUCCUGUCCCCCAAACCCAAGCUCUACGGAAAUGGAACAAAUGGACCGUGCCUGCUCCCACACGCCUUCGUUGGGCAAGUGUGACUCGGCCACCUCGCCCAUCUUCGCCUCGGAGCACUCUACCGUACCUGGACUGCGACAUACAAACCUCCGAGAAGUUCUGCAGUACGUAAUCAACGACGCUCUCAAAGUAGGAGGAAGACCAGAUUCUGCCGUUGCCGAGGCGAUGGAUACAGGAGAACGCAUCGAAGUGCGGACACGCAGCUCGAAUGGAGCUACACACACCAAAUGGAUAGAGUGGACUGUUUCCUCCGACGUGCCGGACACGAUCGUCAUUGAUGAACGAGACCUGGCCAAGAUGGUGUCUUGCGUAGCCUUGAAUGCCAUCAAGUUCACCCAGGACGGGUCCAUUACGCUCCAGGCCACGCUUAGCGCCAAAUGCCGCUACAUCGUCAUCAACAUCAAGGACACUGGCUCUGGCAUCCCGGCAGCCUUUCUGCCCAAUCUUUUUAAGCCUUUUUCAAGAGAAGACGACUCGAUGACAAGACAGAGCGAGGGGCUGGGCCUUGGACUCAUGGUUGCCAAAGGCAUUGCAAGGAAGCUCGGCGGUGACUUAUUCUGCCUCCGUUCACAUGUCUCUGGACCAGCAAGAGGGUCCGAGUUUGAAAUGCGGGUUCCUCUUACACCAGGGGAGAUCUGCAGCCGUCCCGCGACACCCUUUGGAUCGCCUACCCCCUCUAUCAAAUCUCGCAUGUCUCUCGACCCCGAGGUACCCCGCUUGGAUCUCAACCGUGGCCUCGUGACGCCUCCGCUCAACUCGGACCCCUUCAAAAGCGAAUGCGAGCGCCCAGCACCAAGCACGCCUGCCAUUGUUGUCGACGAUGCAAGCCCGCCAACCAAUGUAGGCCUUGCCACCCCUCGCCGCACCUCAUCGCCUCCACGACGUACUGCUGCCCGUGCCCUGCCUUCGGCCAAGGAAGCGAUUCCAUCGAAUCUCGGUCAUCAACUUCCUCUCAAUAUUCUGGUUGUGGACGACAAUGCCAUAAACAGGCGCGUUCUCGUAAGCAUGCUUGGCAGGCUGGGCUACAAGAACAUCAUCACAGCAUUCAAUGGCAAUGACGCCGUUGACACUGUUCGCCGCAACGCGCUCGGGCCUCCAGAAGCAGUAUUCGAUGUUGUUCUCAUGGACCUGUGGAUGCCAUUACUAGAUGGGUUUCAAGCCACGCAGGUGAUACUGUCAAUGCCAGAACUUGAAACCAAGCCUACGGUGCUUGCCGUCAGUGCAGAUAUUACCGACGCUGCUCUCGACAAAGCAGUCAAGAGUGGCAUGAAAGGAUUCGUCACCAAGCCCUUUGUCACACGCGACAUUGCCCGACUGCUUCGGACGUACUGCACGAUUGCAUAA